AUGCAGCAGCUACUCCAGAUGUUUCCGACCCUGGCCCCUCCAGCGGCAGCUCAAUCAAAUUCUCCAACCGUUCAGCUUCGGACUCCAUCCAACAAUACUCCGGCUCCACCCGCUCCCAAUGAUCAUCUAGCUCUAACCAACGAGUCUCUGGCUACUCCUAUUGAUUUUCCGGCUCCACCUGUUGAUCCCCUGAUUCCAUCCCUUGACCCAACCCCGACUCCUCAAUUGAAUAAUAAAGAAGACCGUUCUGAAAAAAACACCAUAUCCGACUCAGAUGCGGACAACGUUGGUUCAUCUCAUGGAAAAGAUGCAGGAAAUGGCCUCAAUGUCUCUACCUCUACCGAACUUCCUGUGAUAACCAAUUUUGAUGACUACAACUUUCUCUCCGGUGGUAAGUUGUCUUUUUUAAUUGACUGUGUUUACAUUUCAACUCAAUGUUUUUGA